CUUUUAAAUAGAAAUACAUAACAUUUACAAUGUUUCAGGAAUUCACGACACUUGACGAAGAUGGUUAUCCUAUCUAUAGGAGAAGACAAAAUGGAAGGGAAAUAGAAAAAUCUGAUAUUAUCUUAGACAAUCGUCAUGUAGUGCCUUAUAAUCCAAAAUUGCUGUUAAAGUACCAAGCCCAUAUCAACAUGGAAUGGUGUAAUCAAAGCACUUCGAUCAAAUACUUAUUCAAAUAUAUCAACAAAGGAUAUGAUCGGAUUACAGCAGUUAUUGUUCCAACACGCGAUGAUGAGUCUCCACAAAAUGAGAAUAUUGAUGAGAUCAAGCAAUAUCUUGAUUGUAGGUAUGUCUCACCUUGUGAGGCCUGUUGGAGGAUUUUUUCUUUUCCGAUUCAUGGUAGGUCUCCAGCAGUUGAAAGGCUUUUCUUUCACCUUCCCAAUGAGCAGUCUGUGUUCUUUAGUGACAAUGACAACCUGAAUUCGGUUCUAACAAAAACAACUGUUAAAGAAUCAAUGUUUACAUCUUGGAUGCAAGCAAACAAAAUCUAUCCUGAAGGAAAAGAUUUGACCUAUGCAAAAUUCGUUUCACGAUUUGCGUAUGUAGCUAGCAAGAGGUGCUGGAAACCGAGAACAAAGGGUUACACUAUUGGUAGACUCAUUUGGGUACCUCCAACCACAGGUGAAUUAUUCUAUUUAAGAAUGAUGCUCACUGUAAUAAAGGGGCCAUGUUGUUAUGAGGAUAUUAGGACAGUUGCCAACAUUCAAUAUCCAACCUUUAGAGAAGCAUGUUUUGCGGCAGGAUUGCUUGGGGAUGAUAAAGAAUAUAUUGCAGCAUUAAAAGAAGUUAAGGACUGGGCAUCAGGGCACUACUUGAGAAAAUUGUUUGUAACUCUGCUCUUAUCGUGUCCCGUAAGCAGACCUGAGCAUGUAUGGGAACAAACUUGGCAGUGGUUGGCAGAUGGAAUUUUGUAUCAACAACGAAGACUCUCAAAUAUCCAAGGUAGACCACCGAUCAAUUAAAAAUUAAAUUUUCACUAAUCAUUUGUAAAAUGACAAGUUCUUCAUGAGGCC